CCCGCCCCCCCCCCCCCAGCCCCUGGCUAAGUUUUAAGGAGGAGUUUGGUGGAGAAGAGAGCCCCAGUGGGAGGGUUGUAAAGGGAGGCCACGGCCUAGCAGGCGUCCCGGGAGGAAGGGGGGUGGGCAGCGAGGGGACUGUGUUGGAAAGCCCGAAGGAGAGGCCAGCUGCUUCUCCCGACCGGGAAGAAAUCAGCUCCCGAGAGGGCCCGCGGGCUGGAGAGGAAGUUUGGUUGCCUCAGGGGGCAGGGGGACACUUUCCUGGAAGGCUGUGGCCAAAGUGCGGGGCAGGGGCAGGGAGAAGGCGGGAGAAGGGGGCGGGGGUGGCAACAUCUGGACACCCCGCUGUACUUGAGGGGAGAGUGGGAGGUGAGACCCAGCUGGGGAGAAGGAGCCAAGCCUAGGCUGGGGCAGGGAGGAGUCGGAGCGCCCGCCAGGUUACGGGGGAGAUCGCUGCCGGUGGCCCAGAGGUUUCCAUCUAGCUCUCACGGGUCGGGCUAGCGGCGAACAGGGCUAGGCAGCCAUGGAGGGGAGCCCCAUCCCGGUGUUGACGGUGCAAACCGCGCCCUACGAGGACCAGAAGCCGGCGGGGGGCGGGGGGCUGCGCCGACCCACCGGCCUCUUUGAGAGCCAGCGCAACUACCUGCCCAACUUCGUGCAGAGCGUCCUGUCGUCCAUCGACCUCCGAGACCGCCAGGGCUGCACCAUGGUGGUGGGCAGCGACGGCAGGUACUUCAGCAAGGCGGCCACCGAGAUUGUGGUCCAGAUGGCCGCGGCUAACGGGAUUGGUCGACUAAUCAUUGGCCAGAAUGGCAUCUUGUCCACGCCUGCAGUUUCAUGUAUUAUCAGAAAGAUCAAAGCAGCUGGUGGAAUUAUCCUUACUGCCAGUCAUUGUCCUGGAGGACCAGGGGGAGAGUUUGGAGUCAAGUUCAAUGUUUCUAAUGGAGGUCCUGCACCAGAUGUAGUUUCUGAUAAGAUCUACCAGAUCAGCAGAACAAUUGAGGAGUAUGCCAUCUGUCCAGAUCUCCGAAUUGACUUAUCUCGACUAGGAAGACAAGAAUUUGAUCUGGAGAACAAAUUCAAACCCUUCAGAGUGGAGAUAGUGGAUCCAGUGGACAUCUAUCUCAACCUACUUCGGACCAUCUUUGAUUUUAAUGCUAUUAAGAGUUUGCUGACUGGACCCAAUCAACUUAAGAUCCGGGUGGAUGCUAUGCAUGGAGUUAUGGGACCCUAUGUAAGGAAAAUCCUGUGUGAUGAGCUAGGGGCCCCAGCAAAUUCGGCAAUAAACUGUGUUCCCCUGGAGGAUUUUGGAGGACAGCACCCUGACCCCAACCUAACAUAUGCCACCACCCUUCUGGAGGCAAUGAAAGGAGGAGAAUAUGGUUUUGGAGCUGCAUUUGAUGCUGAUGGGGACCGUUACAUGAUUCUAGGCCAAAAUGGCUUCUUUGUGAGUCCUUCUGAUUCACUGGCCAUCAUUGCUGCCAACCUCCCUUGCAUUCCAUAUUUUCGUCAGAUGGGAAUUCGAGGAUUUGGGAGAAGUAUGCCAACCAGCACCGCCUUGGAUAGGGUGGCCAAAUCACUGAAAGUCCCAGUAUAUGAGACCCCAGCAGGUUGGAGAUUCUUCUCAAAUCUGAUGGACUCGGGAAGGUGUUCUCUGUGUGGGGAAGAGAGCUUUGGUACAGGUUCUGAUCACCUUCGUGAAAAGGAUGGACUUUGGGCAGUCUUGGUCUGGCUUUCCAUCAUUGCAGCCCGAAAACAGAGUGUGGAGGAAAUUGUUCGAGACCACUGGGCCAAAUUUGGUCGCCACUACUACUGCAGGUUUGAUUAUGAGGGGCUAGAGCCAAAAACGACAUAUUACAUCAUGCGAGACCUGGAGGCCUUGGUCACUGACAAGUCAUUCACUGGCCAGCAGUUUGCCGUGGGGAGUCAUGUCUACAGUGUGGAAAAAACAGACAGCUUUGAAUACGUGGACCCUGUGGACGGCACCGUGACCAAAAAACAGGGACUCCGGAUCAUUUUCUCAAAUGCCUCCAGGCUCAUAUUUAGGCUCAGUGCAUCCAGUGGCGUGAGAGCUACAAUCAGGAUCUAUGCAGAAAGCUAUGAGAAGGACCCAAGCAAUCAUGAUAGGGAACCACAGGCUGUGCUGAGUCCUCUCAUAGCCAUUGCCUUGAAAAUUUCCCAGAUCCAUGAAAGGACUGGUCGCCGGGGCCCCACUGUCAUCACCUGAACUAAGGAAGCCUUGCUGAUUGGGGGCCACAAGAGAGCACCAGGAGGGAGAGAUGCCUUUGUUGAUGCCUUCUUGCUACCUGUUUGUGCCUUUUUAUGACUUUGAAAUGAUGUUUUGUUGUUGGGGAUGGGGGGCGGUGGGUGGGAAAAGAAGACUUCAAUUUCAUUUCAGCCUUAGCCAGUUGCAUUGGUAUACCAAUGCAAUUGUGUAUUUGGUAGUCUGUUAAAGCUGCAAUAUCUUUUUAGAUCUUCCCUCAUAAAUAACUCACAAUCAAGAAUUAAACUUCUUUCUUUUCCAUCCCUAGAUCUCAACAGUCACAAAGAGGAAAGGAAAAGUGGGUUGAGAAACAGUCGAAGGCCAUAUUUGUCUCAUAGUAGUGCAACAUGACAAAAGCUUCAGAAUUAAGGGGAGAACGUAACAGCAGUGCCAGCGUAGAGGGGCCCAGAUGAAUCUAAAGACUACAGACUCCCUUGGGCAGCUCAGAAGUAGAUACCCAAGGCAGCUGGAGUGCAAUAGUUUAGAGAAGGAUUCCACUGUCUACAAGCAGAUCAGAUCCCAAUGUGACCCUCCCCAUCAGGCCUCACUGAUCACCAGAUGCCUACUCUCAGAAAUCCUUCUCUUCCUGUCUUUCCCCACCAGAGCUUCCUCUAAAACACACACUCUUCCAACAAUACAUAUCAAUGGGGCAUUUCUUCCCAUUUCUAAAGAAUGGUAUUUCAACCAAAAUGCUGAUUUCUUUCCAGAGUUCUCCUAAGCUUACAAAUCUGUUGGCUAUGUAGGGAAACUAUUCAUUGGUAAAACUUUAUGGGAAUGGACAUUUUUAAUUCACCCAAGUCUUAAACACAUCCCACGUGUUUAGCACAGGAUCAUAGGACACAUGUGUUUGUAUUGAUUCAUCCUGGCAGGUCAAAAAAAUCCCCAAAGGUCCACUAUCUUGUUGAUUAUGCUCAACAGUGUAUACCUUCUAAGCCUACUUCACAAAGAAGGGCAUUUAUCUGUGCAUUGGUCUCACCUUCUUGAUAGGGAAACACAGAACCAAUACUAAGGUGUGAAAUGGAUGCUGGGAAGGACACUUGACUUAUCUGUAGACCUUGGGAUAGAAGAAGAGCCAGGGGACCCUUAUAAGAAUGAGGAAAAUAGAUGGACACAUCUUGCUUUCUUCACUGGGAAAAGGAUACUGCAGCUGUAGUGAUGUGGCUCUGUACUCCACAAGAAACAGAAACACGUUGUGCAUGAGACUUGUUUGCAUAUGUUUUGCUUCCUUGGGAACAACACACUCGCUCAUCAGCUCAUCACUUGAGAUGGCCUGAUGUAGUCUGACUGUUUGGCUGAAUCUUGUGGCUAUGAUCAAGGUGAGCCCAAUUGGGACAAUGUCCCCAGGAAGUAAAAUUUUUCCUGUUUUCUAUCUACUAUCUAUGCUUCUGUCAAAAAUUGCAAUGACAUUUAGUAGUUAAUA